AUGUCGGGAAGAGGCGAUGAUAAUCUCAAGUAUCUUCUGAAUAGCUCCUUCAGCCAUAGCCUCAUCGACACAAGCGUCAGCGUCUUAGAAACAUUAAGGGUGACGGACAAACUCAAGGCAAGAGCCAAUUACAAGAUGGAAGCUUCUAGUGCUUUAGGCUUGCAAGCCACCCUCUACUACUCUGCUCAUGCGACUUCCUCCCUAAAUUCAGACGAAGUCUCGGGAGAUGGCACCGUCAACGGACUCCUCAAAAUUGGCUCAUUCCACACCAACGCUUCCUACCUUCACAGCUACAACCUACGCCCACUAGAUCGAGAAGGACGAGGAGAAUCCACUCUGAAGUUUGACUCACCAGUCCUACAAGUUCACAACACAGUCCGUGGAGUCUGCAAAAACUCAGAGUUAUACAUCAUGUCCCAAACGAGCGCUCAGAGGGACAUGCUCCAGCAUGUGGCAGAACUCAGAUAUAAGGAUGCGCAGCUGACCCUGAAGUGCAGCGCCUUGGCCAAAGCCAUGGGGGAAUCACUAAGUAACCAAGUUGAGUUUGGAGUGUCCAACCAAAUGGCCCUUCUCACAAUUGAAUCCCAGGCAUAUGACGACAAAAACAGGGUAUACUCCCUGAUAUCAGGAUCUCUGGAUUCAAAUGGGCUUCAGGUAAACUCUGAGGGUUCCCUCACCUUAGAAACAGGGCGUGUCUGGCAUAAGGCUUCUGUAACAGCUGGAAAAAAUGGUCUGACAGCAAGUGGCACAAACAGCAUACAGUGCAGUCCUGUGACAGUGGAGAACAUUUUCAACUGUGCGAUAGACAACAGUGGAGCAUCCCUUUCCUCCUCUACCAAAGCGAUGGGUGACGAGAGCAGAGGGGAGCUGAAAAUUGAGGGUGAAGUCACAGCUGCUAAAGCCUCUCUUUACGGUGACCUGAAGGGAUAUGCGUACGACGCAACGACAUUAAGCAGCGUGAAAAUGAUGCUGGACAGAAGAGCUCUGAGUUUUACCGGAAACACAAAGGGAACACUCAGACAGAUGAAAACAGAAAACAGCCACAAACUCACCCUCACCCUGUGGACCCUCAGCCUCCGCUCCGAGUCAAACAACUUCAUCUGUGACGAUAUUUACUACAAGCAAGACACCAAGCUCGAUGUGAAGCCAUUUUUUACGCGAUUCAAUAUGAGAAAUGACCUCCGGUUUUAUGACGUCGCUUUGAGCCAUGAGGGUCACGUAAGGCUCGAGCCAGUUAAGGUGGAUCUCCGUGGAAGCGUGACUGCAGCUCACAGAGAGCAACACAGCGUCAAACAUACCUAUGAACUCACCUAUGACUCACCUGUGGCUGGCACCAUGAAAUACAGCACAUCUGGAAACGUGAUGGACGCCCAGCUCACUCACAGCUGUGAACUGGAAUUUGCUGGACUGUCUUUAACAUCAGACUGUGAGGCGCAGGUAGACUCUUCACCUGUGCGGUUUAACAGCAGCGUUCGCACCAUGGUGCUGCCUUUUCGCCUCACUGUGGAUGCUGGUUUCAACGCGGCGGGAGAAAUUAAUCUACGUGGGCAGCACACCGGAGACACGUACAGCCAGCUGCUGCUGAAAGCUGAGCCCCUAGCUCUUUCAUUUGCACAUAAAAGCGGCAUAUCAACAGCUCAUAAGCUUCCAAGUGGGGAAUCCUCUGCUGGUGUAAAGAACAUAUUUGAAGGUUUCCUGACUCCAAGCGAUCAAUUAUUAUCUUGGGAAGUAAAGUCUAAACUGAACGACCGUGCUUACAACCAGGCGACCAGUAUUUCCAACAAUCCAGAGAAAGCUGAAUUGGAGUUUUCAGCAAUAAUGUUAGAAGAUUUACAAGAAAAUGCAAAAUUCAACAUGUCUGGUUUCCUGCAGUAUGAUAAGAACAGUGACUGUCAUAUCAUCGAGAUUCCACUCAUCGAGAGCUUUCCUGCAGCUUUUCAGCAGCUCAAAAACACACUGGUUCAAACCUUAGAGUCACUGCAGCAGGUCAUCCGUGAUGUAGAUAUUGACGGGCUCAUCAGCAACUUUGGAGAAAAGCUAGAACGCCUGCCGACACAAGUGAGUAACUUCAUGCAAGAGCUAGACUUGGAGAACAAAGUAAAUCAAGUGAAAGUGAAACUUGAUGAUUGGAUCGGUGCCUCCGCUGUCACGAUGAAUGACUUGGAGCUUGCUGUGAAGAAUCUGAGGAAGAAUUUAGAAACCACAGUAACGGACAUCAUCACCAAAAUUCAAAAGCUCGUUUUUUCCGUUGAAGAGUACAUCAAGGGUGGACGUCUUGAAGCCCAGAUAACAAAUGUUCUUUCUGAUGUCGGAAAUCACACGUGGGCCUUCGAUGACCAAUAUAAAAUUAAGCGGUCAUUUCUCAGAAUUCUUGAUAUCAUCGAAGACAUUAUGAAACAGAUCGAUUUCCAGAAACUCCGGAUAACCGGUGCUGUGUUUCUCCAGGAGCUAGACUCCAAAUAUGAAAUCUUGGAGACGAUUAAAACCAAACUAUCAGAACUGAAACGAGUCAUUGAGGAUUUUAACAUCAAGUCGAUUUUUGAGGAUCUGAAGGAGUAUCUCCUUUCAGUUGACUGGGCUGCGCAUGUUGAGCAGUUAUCUUAUAAUAUCCCCCCUUCAGAGAUAGCAAAAGUCAUGGAGUCGUUCCAUGAUGUUAUCGUCAACUGGAUUGAUGAAUAUGAAAUCCCCAACAAAAUCAAUGAAGUGUAUUUCUACAUCAGGGAUCUUGUUUUAAAAUACGACCUCGAUGAUAUAUUCAAACAGCUGAUGGAUCAGGUGGUGAUUCUGGUCGAGCAGUUUAAAAUUGAAAAGACUGUGCAGUCACUGGUAGAAGCUUUGAAGUCUAUCAAAUUUGAAUAUUUUUAUGAUAAAAUAAUGCAAUUUCUGUCCAGUGUGACAAAUCAGCUCAGAGCGAUCGACUUUAAGAAGAGCAUCGAUGACCUUAAUGAAUAUAUUUCUUCGACUCUUAAAUCAAUGAGGACAUUUCGGUACGGUGCCUUCGUUGAUGAUGCUAAUAAGAAGAUUGCUGAACUAACAAACUACAUCAACGAGCAGAUUAAAAUAUAUGAGCUGGUGAAAAAAAUUGAGGCUGUUAGGGACUUUUUCAGAGAGAUCCAAACUUCCAUUUUUACGUAUUUGGAUGAACUAAAAAACACAAAAGUGGCUGAUGCUCUAAAAAGACUGAAAAAUGUGAUCGAUACUACAUUUUACAACGACAUCAAACUGAAGGUGCAGGAUAUCCUUGAGGAUGCAAGGGAGAGAAUUGUUGACAUGGACAUCAGAGGCGAACUGUAUUUAUUCCUCGAAAGAGCGAGCGAUUCCUACAGAAAUAUUGUUGAAUUAAUGUCUGCAAACUUUAACCAAGUGAUGGAUCAGAUUGUAAAAACAGCAAAGGACAAUGAGUUCAUUGACCAGACGAAGCAGGCUGUAGAUGAAUUUCUGAGCUUACUGAAAAGAGGUAAGAUUGAAGUUCCUACUUUUACAGUACCUCUCACUGAUCUUGUUAUUCGAGGAUUUACAGUUGACAUGAAGAAUCUGCAGGACAUUAGCAUCCCAGCUCAAAUUUCACUCCCUCCGUUCACCAUCCUCAACUUGUACACCAUCCCUGGCUUCACGAUAGAUGUCGAUGAGAUCAAAGCUAGGAUCAUUGCUCUGAUAGAUGAAAUCAGAGACUUUGAGAUCCAAACACCUGACCCAGAGGAAAUCUUUGGUGAUCUGAAAGUUCUCUACCUGUCUGAACUACCCGAUCUCACCUUCACAGGAAUAACUCUAUCGGAAAUAACAUUUCCAGCAAUCAACAUUCCCAAGUUGCAGUGGAGAGGCUUUGAUGUCUUACCACUCCCAGUUCCAGAGAUAACUUAUCCCAGGAUUCCCAGUGACAUUUGUGUCCCACGUUUUGGAAAACUCCAUGGAGAAUUUAGGGUGUACUCGGAAGACCUGACUCUCAUUACAACAGGAAAAAUUGAAAACUCAACAUCCACACCAAAAAACCCACAGUUUACAGCCAUCGUUGCGUCUCAUGCCAAGUCGCGCUUCAAGCCGCUGGAGUACACGUUUGAAGUCACGGCUCAGCUGGAGGCUCCCAGAAUGAAGAAGCUGCAGUUCACAGAAACACUGAAGGCUGCACACAUGGCCUUUGCCAUUGACCACGAAGGAUCCCUGACACUCACCGGCACCGCUGCUGAGGCUUCUGCCAAGACUGUCGCCAGAGCUGCAACCCAAAUGUACACAGCAGAGUUGGUCAGUAAAAUGGACCUUACUUUAAAGAGUGGAGUCCAUGCAGCCGUAGCCACAGCCUAUAACCACAGCUUGAAUAUCCCGUCACAUGAAACUUCAAGUCAGGCAUCAGUGAGACAGAAUAUAGCAGCCUCUGCAGAAUCUGGCAGAGUCACUGUGACUGGAGAGACUACAGGAAAUGGAAAGUGGUCGGUUUAUGACUACGCUGAUGAAGGUACUCACAAAAGCAACAUGGAGUUUGAUGUAAAUUUCAGCACUGCAAAGUUAACAUUUGUUGGAGAAACUGACUGUGAGGCCUUAAAAGCCAAGCACACGCUAAGAGCUGAAUCAGUGCUCUUAAAUCGGAUUAGCAUUGAUGCAAAAUGUGAAACUGAAACUCCAUCUGUGAAGAAGAGUGUUUUGGUUUUGGAUGGAGUGGCUGAUAUCGGAGACCUGAAGGUUGCGCUCGCAGCCUAUCACGAUGUUGAAUUCAAUGGAAAACUGACUGGAUCCAUGUCCAACUCGCUGGAGUUCACAAUCCAUCCAUUUGAGGUGGCCUUCGAUGUUAAGAAUAAAGUAAACUCGAAGGUUUUCUUUCCCCUGAGACUGACUGGAAAGGUAGCUCUGCAGCAUGACUGUGGUGUUGCAUUAAACUCUGUGAAACAGCACGCGUCCUGCUUUGCUUUGGCAAGGUUCAAUCAGUACAAGUACAGUCACAACAUCACCGCAGAAAACAAUGAUAUGGACAUCUUCUUCCACUCUUCCGCAAAUGGAGAGGCUAACCUGGAAUUUUUGACGAUUCCGGUCUCUAUCCCAGAGAUGAGCAUACCUUAUUUCCAUAUUAAAACCCCUGAAGUCAGAGAAUUUCCGCUGUGGGAAAAUGCUGGAUUCCAAACUUUGCUCACCACACCUCAGCAAUCAUUUGACAUGAACUUGAAGCUUCACUAUUACAAGAACCCUGACACCCACAGCUUUGAACUUGAAGUAACCUUGCCCACUUUUAGACUGCCACCCAUGCAGAACAACAUAGCGAUCCCAGCUAUGGGUAACAUGACAUUUGAUUUCUCCUUCAAAUCUGCUGUGAUUUCGUUCAUUGCCAGCGCAGGCCUUUACAAUCAGUCUGACAUUGUUGCUCGUUUUGGCACCUCUUCAACGUCAGCGUUUGACAUUUUGAACAUAAAAAUCGACGGCACCGCCAGCUUGACGAGGACGAGAGGAAUAAAAGUGGCCUCAGCUGUUUCCCUGGAGCACGACAACAUCAAUGCAAACCACGAAUGUGCUGUCAACCUCAACAAAAGGGGCAUGGAAGCUUCUUUAACCAACACUGCAAAGGUCAAGCUACCCUUCCUCAACCUGGAGCUGAAUCAAGAGCUCAUCGGAAACACCAAAACAAAGCCAAAUCUCACAUCCAAGAAAAAGUUAAAGUACAUUUUUAGCAUUCCUCUGAUUGAGGCUGCAGGAAACUGUGACAUGAACUGGGAACUGGAAGCGCUUCCUUCUUAUGUGUCUCUGGAGACCUGCACCCAGGGGAAGACAGACAUUAUGAUGGUGAACGGCUGUAUCUUUUCUGGAGAUCUGGAGAAUAAAGCCAGUUUCUAUUUCACUGCCAACAGCCUGCGUUCAACUGUCAAGACUGUCUUAAACUCAAACCUCGACAAACAGGAGAAACAAAAACGAAACUCCAACAACAUCUUCCUGUUUGACUUGAAUAAGGAGUUAGCUCUGGCAGUUUCCUUACAGCGAAUUUUUGCAACGGCUGAAUGCACGAGCACCAACAAUGUCGAUUUGGCCUUUUUCACAACAAAUGGAAAACAUGUCGCUAAAGGAGAACUGGACUUUAUUCCUUUAACGACCUUCAAGACCAAACUGAACAUCGAAGCGAGCCAGCCGAGCAGUUUGGGUGAUGCUCGACUCAUUCAGAGCAUUAACCUGGCCGUCAGCUCAGAGAAGCAGUCUCUCACCUGGAGAGUUAAGGAACAGCUUGCGUCUUUCGUCCAUGCUCAUCUUUUACUGCUGUCCAAUGAUGAAUCAGCAGUGCACUUGAAUUUGGCUGGAUCAGUAGAAGGUCCCCUCGCUUUUUUGAAGACAGUUAAGAUUCCUAUUUAUCAGAAUACCCUCUGGGAUGUGCUCAGGUUUGAUCAGGUCACCAGUAUGAAUAAAUUACAAUUCCUCAAUGUCUCUACUAGUAUUGUGUACACAAAGAGCAUGGAUGGCCAUGGAUAUGCAAUACCGUUUACCCUUUUGGAAAAUGGUGUCAGUUUUAGCGUCCCUCAGAUCAGCAUUGCAGUGCCUUCAUGGCUCAAAGGAAUUCCAAGCUCCAUAAGGAACAUAGAUGAGCGUCUGGAAAACCCCGACGUCCCGGAUCAUCUCACACUUCCCCCUGUGAUCUCACUUCCUGCCUUUAAUGUACCAUUCACGACACUGCAUGUGGAGCCCUUCACACUCGAUCCUAAGAACCUCAGCGUCCCGAGGGUGAUCAGCACCGAAGCCUUUGAAAUCAUGCUGCCUGGCCUGCCAGUACUGUCAGUGCCUGGUUAUGACAUUAACACAGAGUACCUGCAGGGAAAAACAUCAUUCCUUUCAUUUAAGAUACCACAAUAUGAAAUCACAGUCUUACCUUUUACUCUACCAAAAUCAGUGACCAUCGGGGGGCAAACCAUCAGCCUAAAUUACAUCACACGCCAGAUUUCCAACUUUGACCUUCCAGCCAUCACCAUUCCAGAGCAAAGAAUCGAAAUCCCUGCAACGACCCUCCAUCUGCCUUCAAGUGUGUUUAUCCCAUCUUUUGGUGCUCUCAGCGUCUCUAUGAAGGUUUCAUCUCCCAUUUAUAGUGUGUCGACAACUGCCAGUGUCGAGAAAAAGGACUCUGACCUAUUAACUUCACUGAAAUCCAGAUGUGUUUCUACCAUGAACUUCUUGGAAUAUGACCUCUCUGCUGAUGCAACCAUCGUAUAUGAUAAUGGGGCAAUGAGUCUAACUGGGAAGGGAAAAUUGAUUCACACUGAUGGAAAUGUCAACUGGCAACAUGUUUUGGCACAAAAUGUCCGGGAGCCUCGUCACACUCUUAGCGUUGACAUCAGCAGUCGAACGUUCACAGAUGUGAGCUUCCGCUUUGCUUCCCGCAAAGAUGGCAUCACUGCAUCCGUGUCUUCGCCAUCAUCUGGUUUCCUUGGAGUGCAUUUACAGAGGAGGUCUCCAUCACAGUUGUAUGGGAAGCUGUUCAGUCGAUACCUGUCGUCUCCAGAGAGGGAUACCGAUGUCUUCGCUGCAAAAAUCUCACUGAGAAACUCGCAAAAAUUCUUUGUGCAGACUUCGUGGAAUCGGGACUUCCUGUGGGAUGUGAUGGAAGGCACCAAGCACAGAGUUCCUGCAAUGACAGACGCUGUGUUCAAGUGCAUUAACAAGUAUCACACCUCCCACUUUGGCUUUGACAUCAACCGUGGCAGCAAGAAGCUGAAAAACACACUUUCUUACGCCAUAGAGCGAGCCUACGAUCAGGUUCCUGUGUCUUGUACCACACCGCAGGAUUGGAUCCAAAACUUUGCUGAUGGAGCGCGAGAUAACUACCGGAAGGCCUCUGACGUCUUGAUGUCCAUGACUGUGCAGGAUGCUAUAGACAGGCUGUUUGAGACGGUGAAGCGUGUCAUGAAACAGUGUGAAAACAACAUGAAUGUGCUGCUAGAUGCAGCCUUGCAGUUUUUGAAUGACACACGGUUCAUGGUGCCGGGAUCGGAGAGGAAGCUCUCUCUUAUGGAAGCGGUCCAGGAAGCCCGUAGUGCCAUUCAAAGAAUCAACGGCCUCGUGGAGAACAUCUCUACAGACAUCAGGAAAAUCAGGUUCACCGUACCUGGAAGUGAUGCUUUUGUUAGCGGAGAUGAGAUCAUGGAUAAGGUGGGGAAUAUUCUGGACCAGCUGAGAGAGGGUGUGAUCAGCGUGAUCAACGUGCUCCACCUGACAGCUGCUGGAUGUUUACGCGUCGUUGCUGAAAAAGCUGAGAGUUUCCUCGCCUACCUGCAAGAUCAAAACUCUGAAAUUUCCUCUAAAGUUGAUGCCAUUUAUGCAGAUGUUCUGCAGUUUUCAGAACAGCACGGCGAGGAGGCGCAGAGGUGCACGACUGAGUACAGAGACCUCAUCAAACUCAAGACCCAGAAAGCCUUAAAUGCUCUGAGCAUGGAGCGAGUAAAUGAUGGGACCAGCAGGAUCAUCAGUAUUUUGCAGGUGCGCUUCUAUGAGGGACUUGAAGCCAGUGUGGCUCUAAUGACCAGGGUCUCCCAGAGCACAGCACCCUACAUUAGAGUCAGCGAUGAGAAGAUGGACAUUGAGAUACCUUUACCCUUCCUCUGGAGGUCUUUCAGCGAAUGGCCGACGCCGCUUAGGCAGUGA